AUGACAAGCAACACGAACACCCGAAAGCGAGGCAGCGACCAGUCAGAAAAGCUCCCUGAUCCGAAGAAAUUGAGGCGGGCCAUGGCCGACAGACCCGGCCGCCUUCACAAGAUGAUCACAGUCCUCGUCGGACACGAGGAGGAUUCAUUUACCGUCGAUAAGAGUUUUCUUCUCACUAGCUCCGAGUUCUUCAAGAAGACCCUGGAAACGUCGCCGAAGACCAACGGUCCAGAAGAAGUUGACCUGCCAGACGUCGAACCCCGAGCUUUUCAAAUUUACCUUGGGUGGCUUGAAACCGGCUACUUCUACAUCACAGAGGAAGAUGACCUCGUCAAUAAUCUCAUUGAGGAUGACCCCGGUACUAUCGACGAUGACGAGUGUCGUAAGUGGAAUGAGUGCUACACGCUUGGCCACGCCAUACGGGACUGUAGCUUCCAGGACGCCUGUAUCGAUUGGAUUCUAGAGAAGAUGGUAUUCGAAGAUAUGAUCAUGCUUCAUGUACCUCUUGCGGUAUAUGCGAUCUGUGAUAAAAUUCCAGCGCAUCGACAGUUUGCCGUUGAUGGCGUCGCUCACCUUUGGGAUGAUGACGAUUUCGAAAACUUAGAAGACGAAAAAUGGCCUCCUAAGUUCAUCUUAGAUCUCGCAAAGUACAUGGGGUCAAAUAUGAGGCACAAAGACGUCGCGGAUGAAGAUUAUGAGAAGUUCUUCGAGAACAUCGGCUGCAAGUAUCAUGCGCAUGUUGCUCUCAACAAGCCUUGCUACAAGAAGACACACCCUGCCUACAGGUGA